AUGGACGCUGCGCAGAAAGUGGGCCACCAACAAGCCGUGAAUUCCCACUCGGAUGCGCUCAACGCUAUAUUGUCAGUCGCCGUUAAUAGCGCCGAUGCCAAGUUGCUCCCUACCCCAGAGGCCGCUCCUGGCUCCAAGCCGCGCGCGUCUGAGGGGAUUGCCGAAAAGGAUAUCAAGGGCGAGCGCAGUAGAAAGAAGCAUGGCAAAUCCAAAUCAAGCAAGUCGGUAAAAGCGGACAAAGGUCCUGCCAGGACCACAGAGUCGUUGCCCCUCGAAUCCGACUCUGAGGAUCAUGGCGAUUCGGAUUCUUCCGCUUCGUCUUCAUCAUCGUCCUCAUCUUCAUCUUCGUCAUCAUCUUCGUCUAGCGAUUCUGAAUCGGACUAUGCGUCUCGUAAGAAGAAGCGGCGCGGGAGGACCAAGAAGCGCCACGAUAACCACAAGUCCAAGAAGAAGUCCACGGGCGGCAACAGGCUCGCCAGGUUCCUUGCGGGUAAGACAGCUAUAGGUUCCGAUUCCGAUUCCGAUUCAGACUCCGACUCCGACUCGGGCCGUGACGACGACAUGUCAUCCGAUAUGGACGGUGCCACUAGGGGACUCGGUUCGCGAGAGGAGAUCGCCAGGCUUUCGGCUCAGGUUCAACAGUUGCAGAUGCAACAGCAAUUGCAUAUGCAACAACAAAUGCAGCAACGGAGUGCCGCGUUUCCUCAGAGUACUCCCUACCCCGGCAGUGCUGUCUACCCCGCCGGGAUCAACUAUGCGCCCGCCUAUCCCAGCCAACCGCCUCUUCCACCAGUUCAAGGUCGCAUUAUAGACCCGGGCACCCGCGGACAGCAAGGUAUGCCCCUCCGGCCGAACGGUGGAGGGCGCUGGCCACCACCGGGUCGCCCAGGACGAGCCGGCCAACUUUCCAUGGGGAACGGAGGUACAGGUCAUCUGCUCCCACCGGUUAGGCAUCAUAAGCAGAAGCCGAAACACCGGCGCAACAGAGGUCGGCCAGAGUUCAAGCGCGUCGAUCACGUAUGGGACAAUAAUCUUCACUCAUACAAGCUCCAAGAUACUGCCGAAGUAUCACCAGACACGCAGUACGAUGAGUACAUCUUUCACGUCCGUCGCUCGUUCGACUGGGAGGGCAAAUACAAACAGACGCAUGUAGACAUCAAGAGCAAACUUCUACGAGAAUGUUUGCAGGAGGUCAUGGGCAGCAUCAAGGGUGUGAGUCUGGUCGAGGAGACCCCAAAACUGGACCCCAAUAUGCUUUUCCUUUAUCUUAAUGACCUUAAACGGCACCUCAAACACCUGAGAAAGGCGAAGCCAGCCAAGUCGACAAAACGCGGCCGUAAGAAAGAGCAGCGUCGCAUUGAUGAGAAGAAGUCGCAUCUCAAGGUGCUCAUCAAAUAUAUUAAUAAAGACUAUGCGGCAAUCAAGAGCAGUCUCGAUCCCAUGCUCGAGAAUGGGCUCAUCACCUUUGAACUUUUCUGGGCCUUGUGGAAGCCCGGUACGCUGGCUUUUACCACAACCUAUGGGAGUCCCGAUGAACCCCGGGUGUUCAAAGUCGAGUCGGCCGAGAAGCAUUUCGGAAUCAUGAAGGGCGCUUCGUACCUCAUUGACGGCAAGUAUUUCGAAUACGACGGCAAACAGUUUGGUUACGGCUCUCAGUUCGAGGAGGUCCCCGAGUUUCGCGGUGCGCGGAAGAUCACCAGUCUUCCGGUAUAUCCCCUGAGCUUCCACAAGACGGAAUCGCAGAUCAGAAAAGACCUCAUUGAGAGGGGCAAAAAGUUCGUCUCCCUGGCGGGUGUUAACUACCGGGCGCAUCAUGGAAUGGCGUAUUACAAGAAGAAGCGGGCGGUCAUCAAGGUCAAUAUCAAUGGCCGCGUCAUGAUCGAUCCCAGCAUCCAUCGUCGCAUCAAUCCCAACUAUCCCAUAUCUCAUAUCCGGCCUAAGGACCACGAUAUCAUUUCAGAUCAGGAAGAUGAUGAUGCCGGCGAUGGCGAUGAGGCCUCGGACUCGGAUGGUUGCAGGGGCCCGCAGAUAAAGUUUGUCACCAAGGCCGUGAAGAAUCCGAGUGGCAAAUUCCAACUCGUCCGCAUGCCGGUUUUCAUGGCCGAGCGCGACCAGGGCAAGGAGAAGCUGGAUCAGGUGCAGGAAAAGGGAGAGGGCGAUGCAGCUAGCAAAGAAGAGAAGACCACUGGUGGCGAUGAUGAAGCAGGCAGCGAGGAGACUGCCGCCAAAAAGCCUCUGGAGUUCAGCGACGAGGAUUAUCUCACCGCGUCCCCUGUGGUUCUUGGAUUUGCCUUUGCCGAGAAGUUGUGGUUGGAGUUUACAGUCUCUGGCGUCAAAGACAUUCAGUGGAACGAGACGGCAUACGAAUCUUUGGUGUUGGAGGCCAAGACCAAGGACAUCGUGAAGGCUCUUGUAGAGUCACACAAAUACCACGCCGCCGAAAGCAUCGACGAUGUCAUCCAGGGCAAGGGCAAGGGGUUGGUCGCCGUGCUACAUGGCCCGCCCGGCACAGGCAAGACGUUGACGGCCGAGGGCAUCAGCGAGCUCCUCAAAUGUCCGCUAUACAUGGUAUCGGCAGGAGAGCUAGGUACCGACUCGCGCUACCUCGAGACAGAGCUGCAAAAGAUACUCGACAUCUGCCACGCAUGGGGCGCAAUCCUACUCCUGGAUGAGGCCGACGUGUUUCUGGAGAAGCGCAAUAUUGCAGACAUCCACCGCAAUGCACUGGUCAGCAUCUUUUUGCGCCAGCUCGAAUAUUUCCAGGGCAUUCUUUUCCUCACGACAAACCGCGUCGAGACAUUCGACGAUGCGUUCCAAUCGCGGAUUCACAUCGCACUCCGAUACGACAGGCUGACUCAGCAGGCCAAGAAGGCCAUCUUCAAGCUUUUUAUUGAGCGGGUGCGGGUGCUGGAGAAGGCGGAACUGAUGCCGUUCAACGAGUCUGAUUUCGACUCACUGGCGCGUCACGAUCUCAACGGGCGGCAGAUCAAAAACACCGUGGGUACGGCGCAGGCUUUGGCUGUCAACCGGGGCGAGCCUCUCUCCAUGUCGCACAUAAAGCAGGUCUUGGACGUACAUAUGUCUUUUGAUCGCGACCUCAAGGGAGGAACGGGAUACCAGGAUGCCAUGAGGAGCUACUUUUGA